CGCGCCGGUGGCGGAGCGCUGCAGAGGGGCAGCUCCUCGCUCCUCAGCCGAGCCGCAGGUGGUGGCGGGCAGGCGGCGGCCGUGCCCCUGGGCGCGCUGCCAUGAGGGAGCGGGCGGCGGGGAGCGGCGUGGGGCGGGAGGCGCUGCCGGGGCCCGAGGAGCGGGCGAUGGAUGGCGAGGCCUUGUUCACCGACGAGAAGGCGGCGGCAGUGGCGCCGCGUUUGAAGAGGAGGUCGACCCCCCGGGCGCAGCCCCUCGCCUGGAGCAAAGCCCGGCCGCAGUCGUACCAGAGCCCCAACGGGGUGCUUUUCACCGACUUCCCCGUGGAGGACAGGUGCACCUUCACCGUGACUCAACCCGCCGGCACCGUCAGCACCUGCCCGGGCGGCGCAGCGCUGCGGGGGGCCCCCUCGCCUUUCAGCACCGGCAAGGGGUCGGUGUCCAACGGCGAGGUGCGGCCUGCAGCCCGUAACGCGGGCUCUCCGGAGCGGCGCUCCCAGCCGCUCGCUCUGGUCUCGGACGGCUCUGUGGGGCUUACUGCCAACGGCACCCUUCCCUCGGCGGGAAGCCGGCCGGCUCACCCCCCGCGGAUCUGCAGCCAGUCCGCGCUCACCCCGCAGCAGGAGCAGAUCGCUUUUGCAGCCAGCCCGCAGCCCUCGCCAUCCCCCGGGCACGGCGAGGCGGCCGCGCUGCCCUCGCAAUGCAGCCGGCUGGCCAAGCCAGCGGAGAAAAUGCCGCCGGCGACCCCCGCGGGGUCCCGGGCCGUGACCCCAGAGGAAGGAGUAACCCCUUCGAGCCCGGCGUCCCCACAGGAGGAGCCCCCGGAGCAGCAGCCCGUGGUGCUGAGCACCCACAGCCCCGCCGCUCUCAAAGUGGGCACGCAGCAGAUCAUUCCCAAGGGCUUGGCUUCUGGAAUCAAGGUGACGAGCAAAGCCGGCGGCCAGAAUGCGGAGACCAGCAAGAGGGUGCUGAAGGUUCGCAGCAUGGUGGAGAGCCUCAGCCUGCCUUUAGUGGCCGAUGCUGAGGAGGAGGCCGAGGGCGAGCUGGACAGCCCGGGGACCCUGCGGCGAGGCCUGAGGUCGACCUCAUACCGCAGAGCCGUGGUGAGCGGCGUGGACUUCGACAGCGCUUUGAACUUUAAGAAAAAAAACAGAAUGUCCCAGCCCGUCCUUAAAGCGGUUGUGGAAGACAAAGAGAAGUUUUCCAGCCUCGGGAGGAUAAAGAAGAAAAUGCUGAAGGGACAAGGGACGUUUGAUGGGGAAGAAAAUGCUGUGCUGUAUCAGAACUAUAAAGAAAAAGCACUGGACAUAGAUUCUGAUGAAGAGUCUGAGCCCCGAGAGCAGAAAUCGGAUGAGAAGGUUGUGUUUCGCUAUAAGCCUCUGAGAUCGACGUGGAGUCAGCUGUCGGUGGUAAAGAAGAAUGGAUUGUCAGAAGCCAUCAGCCAGGAGGAAAGAAAAAGACAGGAGGCCAUAUUUGAAGUGAUUUCUUCUGAGCAUUCUUAUUUGCUGAGCUUGGAGAUUCUGAUCCGGAUGUUUAAAAAUUCCAGGGAGCUGAGCCUCACAAUGACCAAAACAGAGAGCCACCACCUCUUCUCCAACAUCACUGAUGUCUAUGAAGCCAGCAAGAAGUUCUUCACAGAGCUUGAGGCCAGGCAUCAGAACAGCAUCUUCAUUGAUGACAUCAGUGACAUAGUGGAGAAGCACUCCUCCUCCACCUUUGACCCCUACGUCAAGUACUGCACCAACGAAGUCUACCAGCAGCGAACACUGCAGAAGCUGCUAGCCACAAACCCUGCGUUCAAGGAGGUGCUGUCGCGGAUCGAGGCCCACGAGGACUGCCGGAGCUUGCCCAUGAUCUCCUUCCUCAUCCUGCCCAUGCAGAGGGUGACUCGCCUGCCCCUGCUGAUGGAUACUAUUUGCCAGAAAACCCCUAAGGACUCAUCCAAAUAUGAGAACUGCAAGCGAGCUCUGAAGGAAGUGAGCAAGCUGGUGCGGCUCUGCAACGAAGGCGCCCGGAAGAUGGAAAGGACAGAGAUGAUGUACACCAUCAACUCCCAGCUGGAGUUCAAGAUUAAGCCUUUUCCCCUGGUGUCCUCUUCACGCUGGCUGGUGAAGAGGGGCGAGCUGACAGCCUACGUGGAGGAGCCUGGGCUCUUCUCCAAGCGAACCUGUAAGCAGCAGCUCUACUUCUUCCUCUUCAAUGAUGUCCUCAUCAUCACCAAGAAGAAGAGUGAGGAGAGUUACAACGUGACAGACUACUCCCUGAGGGACCAGCUGGUGGUGCAGCAGUGUGACAGCGAGGACCUGACCUCCUCCCCCGUGAAGAACACCUCGACCAUGCUGUACUCGCGGCAGAGCUCCGCCGCUCACCUCUUCCGGCUGGCAGCGCUCAGCAACCACGCCGGGGAGCGCGUGGAGCUGCUGCUGGGGACGGAGACCCAGAGCGACCGAGCUCGCUGGAUCACGGCGCUGGGCCAGGACAGAGACGGACAGACCACGGACAGGACCACUCUGACUCAGGUAGAGAUCACCCGGACCUACACCGCCAAGCAGUCUGAUGAACUCUCUCUCCAGGUUGCUGAUGUUGUCUUGGUUUAUCAGAAAGUGGCUGAUGGGUGGUGCGAGGGGGAGCGGCUGCGGGACGGGGAGCGCGGCUGGUUCCCCCGCGAGUGCGCCAAGGAGAUCACCUGCCGCGCCACGCUGGACAAGAACAUGGAGCGGAUGGGACGCCUCCUGGGGCUGGAGACCAACGUCUAGAGGG